AUGAAAACUCACGCUUUCCUAUCCGUCGGUGUCUUCGUUACACAACUGGUUCUUGCAGCCACGCAAUGCGUCCCUCAAUCCUUUAAGGACUUGAGUCUCCCUGGCGGCCAGAUUUUGACAGUCGAAGCAGAAGUCCUGACCAACCUGUCCGCCAAUGUUCUUAUGCCCACAAAUUACUACCCAAGGAAUAUCACGGGGCUUGAUGUCUGCCAAGUUCUCGUUCAAUAUACCCAUCCUGGACAAAAUGAUACCCUUAACGUCAAUAUCUGGUUGCCUCUGGAAAACUGGAAUGGCCGAUAUAUGGCUACUGGCGGCGGAGGCUUCGCAGCGGGCUCGGGAAUCACCCAGUUGUAUAUUCCAGCGUCACUGGGUUACGUUACCAGCUUCACGGAUGGCGGUCAUAACAUUUCAACUGGAGGAACUGCGCCGUGGGCUCUGGUCAGCCCUGGAAAUGUUAACUGGGUCCUUCUGAAUGACUUUGCCAGAAUCGCCUACAACGACAUGGCCACUAUUUCGAAGUCUGCGGCGGCGCUUUUCUAUGGCUCACCUCCCAAGUACUCCUACUGGAGCGGGUGUUCAACAGGCGGUCGGCAGGGCCACCAGAUGGCCCAGAGCUAUCCGACACAGUUUGACGGUAUUUUAGCCACAUCAUCGGCAUUCAACUGGGCCCACUUCCUGGUAAUGGAGUACUGGCCCACGUUUGUGAUGAACUCGUUGAAUAUCCAUCCAACACCCUGCGAACUGGCCACUCUGGUCGAACUGGCGACUACCGCCUGCGACGGACUCGAUGGUGUGAUCGAUGGAAUCAUCGCGAAUCCUGGGUUGUGUUUCUUCGACGCUCAGACCGUGGUCAAUCAAACAUUCAAUUGUUCAGAUACUGGAGAGGAAAUGCAGAUCUCGCAAGGCGCUGCAACAGUCAUAGAGGCUCUCUGGACUGGUCCAAGGACUGUUGACGGCAAAUUUCAGUGGUUUGGCUUAAACAAGGACGCCAGCUAUGCAGGUAUUUCUAACGUCACCUGUAAUGACAACGGCACCUGCGAAGCGAGUCCCUUUACCAUCGCCAUGGAUUGGAUUCAGCGGUUCGUCCUUAAGAACACCACAAUCAAUCUUCUCGACCUCUCACAUAGCGACUGGGACACCAUUUUUCGAGCCUCGGUCGAUCAGUACGAAUCCGUCAUUAGUGCUAACAACCCCGAUCUUACCGACUUUCGCAACCAUGGUGGGAAGAUGAUUACCUAUCAUGGUCUUGCCGACCAAUUGAUUCCACCAAAUGGCACCUAUAACUACUACGAGCGUGUUUUGCAGCAAGACCCAAAUGCGGCAGACUUUUAUCGUUUCUUCCCAGUCCCGGGUCUUGCUCACUGUGGUGGAGGACCGGGGUGGUAUCCUGGUGAUGCAAUGGAGGCUCUAGUAGCCUGGACGGAGAAGGGCAUUGUCCCGGAUACUCUUCUGGCCAGAACCACCCCUACUGCUGAGACUCCGGCACGCACUAUCCAGCUUUGCGCUUAUCCCAAAGUUUUGAGGUAUGUGGGUGGAGAUAUCAACAUUGUAUCAUCGUUCACGUGUGAGUAA